UAAAAAUCUACUCUUCUUCAUCGUCUAUGAUAAUGUCAAAUGCAUUCCGACUAAAGUCUAUGUCAUCCUCGUCACGCGUGUACUCCUCUUCUUUGUCAUCGUCAUUUUCGACUCGCACGUUGAUGAAGCUAUCCUUUAAUAAAUCUGGCGCAUUGAUUAUGUCGGUUAUGGGCUGAGUAAUUACACUAUUGCUUUCUGGCAGCGGUGAUAGAUCUUGAAAAGGGUCAAGGGAUUCAAGUGAAGUGGAUCCCAUGCGAACUGCGUCGUAAAUUCCAGAUGCUUUCCACCCAUUCAAAACGACUUCACGGCCAUCUGCCGAAGUGAUAUGGUUAUAAAACUGGAGGAGCCAACUUGCAUGAAGAGGCUUGAUGGUGGUCAGCUUUAAUUGAAUAUUUAUAUCUUCGAUCUUUUUGUUAAGGGAUAGCUCUUUCUCGAUCUGUUUUGAAUACCAUUCAGUGAACAAAUUUCUCAUGAAUUGCUUGCAAUGAUUAUUCACAGUAAGAUCCAAGGGCUGGAAUAUAUGUGUCAUGUUACUUGGAACCAAAACCAGGAAGAUGUUGUUCUUCUUCAGCAAUUCGGUAACUUCCUCAGUAAUUUGUCCUCGAAAGACAUCGAAUAUUAGAAGAGCAGCUUGCUUUGGGUUAUUUAACUUCUUCCUCUGGUCUUCAACGUGCUUUAGAACGAUCUCUUUGAUGACUUUGAUGGAUUCUUGUGUAUUGCUGUAGUGUUUGGGAUUAACGCUUAGUGAGAACGAUUCGGGGAAUUCAAACUUUGGGAGGCUUUGAUUUGUUUUCCCCCCAUAUAUCAGUUGCAUUGGCAGAAAAGAACCAUCAAGCGUAAUAAUAAAGGUACCAGUAAGGCAUCUUUUGUCGGAAGAUCCAACGAUAGGGACGGACGAUGAACCCUUUUUCGCCAUGGUGUGAUUCAUUCUUGGAACAAACUUAAGAGGUGUCUGGUCCAGAUUCAUAACAAGUUGGUGAGGGAUGCUGUGUUGUUCGAUGGUCGAAACAAUAUCGUGAAGAAAUAGUAAUUCGCACUCCUUUUUGGCUCCUUCAGUGAUUUCAACUUUGGAGGUCGUUUUCAUUCUUUUCUUGAAACCCAUUCUCUUGAAGAGGCUUUUUGCCCAACUGUUAUCAAUUUUAAUAUGCCCCAACUCAAAUUGAGGGUUUCGUGAUAUUAGAGCUUUCGCUGCAGCGGUUGCAACUGUUCUUGAAACAACACCUCCUCGAUUUCUCAGUGCAAUUAAAAAUCUUUGUACCAUCUCAUCUAGACUGCCAAGGAACAGAGGUCUACCGCGUUUCAAAGGAACAAAUUUGGUUACCACGCUACGUUUUUCUCGGGUUGAAUCUUUCAGCUCUUUUUUGUAAAGAUUGCCAAAUCUUCGAGCUGUACUCUCACUUAACGGCCUGUCUUUGGUUUGAAACUUUGUGAUUGCAGCCGCACCACCAUGAAUCGCAACAUAUUUUCCGAUAUCAAAUCUUUCUUUUUCUGACCAACGGUUGUAUGAUUUUUUGCCACUGGAUUUAACAUUUUCAGUCGCGUCUGUAACAGCUUCGUAGUCUAACGAACCAAGGGAUGAUUCUUGCUGGAAGUCAGUUGGUUGUGGGCCUAAAAUGAAUAAAACGAACCACUAUGUAAUUGCGAAUUUUGACCAAAAAUUAAAAAUUUUCAAACAAAGAAAGAAACUUCUUCGCAGGUAGGUAUAACAAAAAAAAACAUCAAAGAGAAAUACUUACUUUGUUCCCUAGAACUGUUUGAAGGUGUUUCGUCUGAAGUUUUUUCCUUUUCAGCGGCCCUUUGUUGAGCUUCUUUCUCUUGUAAUUUAGCUAACUUCCUGAUGUAAGACAUUUUGAAAGCCGGGAGAUAAAAAAGGAAACAGCUAGAAAAGAAAAGACGUCCAUAUGGCUUACAACAAGACGUUCGAGUUUACAGCUGCUGUCAGAGGAUUCCAUUAUUAUAAAACUUAUUGGAAACCUGAGGAAAAUCAAUCACUGGACUGCUUUCAUGAGAACAACAAUGUUUUCGAUAGAUUUGCAAUCAAAGUUUGUGAAUUCGGAAAUGACAAACCAGUUGGCCAUUUACCCAAAGAAAUCUCAAGGGUUACAAAAUUUCUUCUGGACAGAGGAGCGUCUAUGAAAUCCACGUUGACAAGUGUACACUAUCGAAGAUCACCUCUCGUUCAAGGAGGCUUGGAGAUCCCCUGUAAAAUAACUGUUACUUUACCAGGGACAGUAAACAAUCUUUUGGUUCUUGCAAGAUACCAACAACUUGUAGAAGCCUUGUAUACAGAGCCGAAAGAGGAAUUGAUUCUUGGUUCGUUCUUACAUAUUGCAGUUAUUUUAGAUGUCGUGGUUCCAACCGAAGAGAGACCAAAGCGUAAAAAAAAUACAGCCAAAAGCCAAAGCAAAGAGACGAAAAAGCAAAAAGAUAUUCGAAACUUUUUUGGAAACACCUCAGCUGCACCAGCCCCAAAAAGGCAAAAAGUUAACAACAAACCUAAAAAGUCGUCACCAUCGUCAAGCAAGGACUUAGAAAUCAUAAAUAUUGAUUAAAAAUUAUCUUGUAUUAGAGGUUUAUUAUGACAUAAUAUUUCUAGCGCAAAGGUAUAUUUCUAAAAGAUAUAAAAAAUUGAAAAAAAGUUGAUUUUUGUCGAUUUUUUAAGGGGAACUUAUUUUGGCGGAUCAACGAAAUUUUUAAUUUUGGCGGGAACUUAUUUUGGCGGGUGGCGAUUUUUUUUAAUUUUGGCGGGAACUAAUUUUGGCGGGUGAGUAAAAUAUUUAAUUUUGGCGGGAACUAAUUUUGGCGGAUUUUGCCCCAAUCCGCCAAAAUUAGUUCCCGCCAAAAUAAGUUCCCUUAAGGUAUUUGUACAUUUAAAGCAGGUGUCCAACUUCUUAAAAUUGCAAAAUUCUAUUUAUGUAUAUUCUAGCAAAAGGUAUUAUGUUUAUGCUUAAAGGAACAGAAAGGUUAAGCAAUGUAGAAUUAUAUAAUAUGACAUUAGGCAUCAGCAGAUCGAUUCGGCUAAACAGGAGUUAAUGUAUCAAUAAAAUACAUUGUGUUUUCUCAAUAAAAAUAAGUACGAGAAGUUUGAUUGAUGA